GCUUUCGCUCUGUCAGUCACUUUUUCCCGAAGUGUCGCCAGCAACAAAGUAGUGUGUACAUCACACCGAGGGAUGAAGGAAAAAUAUUCAAAGGGGGCGAAAAACAGAUAAGGUCACAUUUGCUGUCAGUUAGGUUUUUAUACAUUUUUGAUAGCUAGUUUGAGUCUACAUAGCUAGCUAAGUUUUUGGAAAAUGUUACCACAAUGAAGAACGUUAGCUAGCUAAAUGUAAUAUAAAUGGCUAGCUAUCCAUUUUAGCCAGCUAGCUAACGUUACCGCUAGCGGGUAAGCCACAUUUAGCUAGCUAGCAAAAGCAACACACGAGAUUGCUAGCUUCCUAUCCUAGCUAAAUAAAGCUAUUUUUUUAAAGGAUUAUUUUGCGGCUUUUAUCUUUUUCUUAAAUCCACGUUGUGGUUUGCCGUUUGACAACUAGUUACUCCUUUAGUUAGCUGAUGGACAGUUUCACAGACGUUCUUUGUCACUUCUCGGGCGUUUUAAGGUAUUGGUUCUGGGGCGGCUAGGCGAAGCAGGAUACUGUACAGAUGUGGCAGCCAAGUUUGUCCCCUUGUCUCCAGGACCUGGGUUGGUAAGCACACGGCAAUUUAGAUGCGUUGGAGGAGUUGAUGCUAGAGCCAACUACAACAUUUGGCAAGACAGAUUGUUCGUUUUUGGAGAGAAACGCAAAAUAGCUAGCUAAGUUAGUUAUCCAGAUGACUGUCAAGUGUUAGCUAGCAAAUUCAGCUGUCGUCGCUGGCUAGUUGCUGUCGAGUUUAGCAUAGCAAACUGGGCCCUAUUAUCUAUAUUUGUGUCUGCUUCAACUAUAUUAACCCAAACUUGACAGUUGCACGAGACUUGCAGGCUGUGAAAUAUUCGGUGUAGCUGCUGCCAAUGCUACAGUAGCUCGCACACAGGCGUCUUCGAAGGAGGGCAAACUUAAUCGUAGGUAACUGACUACAUUUGUUGCAUCCACAACACUCAUUUGUUUUUACCACUGGACUGUCCAUUCUGAUUUACAAAAGGGAUCAGAACAAUUAUUUGCUACUAAGUGUGAGGCGUGGGCGCCCCAUUCAAGCCGGGCUUUUAAAUACUGCGGUGAUGACUUUAGAAUCCAUGAUGGCUUGUUGCCUGAGCGAGGAGGCGAAGGAGUCCAAACGAAUCAACGCCGAGAUCGAUAAGCAGCUUCGCCGAGACAAGAGAGACGCGAGGAGGGAACUGAAACUGCUUUUAUUGGGCACUGGAGAGAGUGGCAAGAGCACAUUCAUCAAACAGAUGCGCAUCAUCCAUGGGACGGGCUACACUGACGAGGACAAAAGAGGCUUCACCAAGCUGGUGUAUCAGAACAUCUUCACCUCCAUGCAGUCCAUGAUCCGGGCCUCCGAGACCCUCAAGAUCCAAUACAAGUAUGAACAGAACAAGUCCAACGCGCUGCUCGUGCGAGAAGUGGACGUGGAGAAGGUGUGUUCCUUCGAACAGCCCUACAUCAGUGCAAUAAAGAUGCUUUGGACAGACCCUGGCAUCCAGGAGGCCUACGACCGCAGACGCGAAUAUCAGCUCUCGGACUCAACCAAAUAUUACUUUAGAGAUUUAGAGCGAAUAGCGACCAAGGGGUACGUGCCCACUCAGCAGGAUGUGCUGCGGGUUCGAGUGCCCACUACUGGCAUCAUUGAGUACCCUUUUGACCUGGAGAAUGUAAUCUUCAGGAUGGUGGAUGUAGGGGGUCAGAGGUCAGAGAGGAGGAAGUGGAUCCACUGCUUUGAGAACGUCACAUCCAUCAUGUUCCUGGUUGCCCUCAGCGAGUAUGACCAGGUUCUGGUGGAGUCUGACAACGAGAAUCGGAUGGAGGAGAGCAAGGCUCUGUUCCGGACCAUCAUCACAUAUCCCUGGUUCCAGAACUCCUCCGUCAUCCUGUUCCUCAACAAGAAGGACCUCUUGGAGGAGAAGAUCACUUACUCCCAUCUGGUCGACUACUUCCCCGAGUUUGAUGGGCCCCAGAGAGACGCUCAGGCGGGCCGGGAGUUUAUCCUAAAGAUGUUUGUGGACCUGAACCCUGACAGUGACAAGAUAAUCUACUCCCACUUCACCUGCGCCACGGACACAGAGAACAUCCGCUUUGUGUUCGCUGCCGUCAAAGACACCAUCCUGCAGCUCAACCUGAAGGAGUACAACUUGGUGUGAGCGAAAGAAAUUGAGAGAAACCGGCAGCCCACGCACAGCACAGAGUACACAUCUAUACACACACUCCAACAAAUGAAACCGUACACACACACCUGCACUAACACACACAUGCAGACACAUUCACCAACAUGCAUUUACACACACACACACACUCGGUCACACAUGCGUAAUAUAUUCCAGGUUCUAUUCACCCCUGGUCCCAACAUCCUCCUGCUCCUUAUCUAUGGUUUAAUUGGGUGUGUUUUUCCAGCUCCAGUCAUUCCCCCCCACUCCUCUCUUCCCUGCCCACUGCAGCCUGCGUCCCUCCUAAUGUCACCCGCGCACACACUCACCCGCGCACACACUCACACAUACAUACAUACAUACAUACAUACAUACAUACAUACAUACAUACAUACAUACAUACAUACAUACAUACAUACAUACAUACAUACAUACAUACAUACUCGGAGGCUGCUCUGACUUGACUUGGUGGUUGACAGCUCUCAUUUGUCACCUGGUGUGGCUUGCGUCUCUGGGUCACUCCUGUUAAAGGAGGGGGGCUUGGAGGUAGGUAGAAGUCUGUUUGAUUUGGUGGCUUGGGUGCUGGUGUGAUUUAAAGGAAGGAGAGGUGAGCUGAGGUGUAGAAAAGCAGGAAAAAGCCAGUGCCCCCCCUUCACAGUCAGCAGGGUCUGUCUGCGGGAUGGGGGGGGGCUGGGCACCCACCAGUCUGCAGGGGGUUGUGGGUAACUGCAUAGAAUAUCGUUGGAACAGGUGCGGGUGGUGCUGAGGUGUGGGGGGGAAGCUCAACUCUACAUGGUCUUUGAGGUGUGUGUUUUUUCCUAACCUCACACUAGGCUAGAAGUCACCUCGCACUGUUGAAUGUAAAAAGUGUGUGUGGGUGUGUGUUACAAUCAAGUGGAUGCUCACACAUAUAGACAGAGCAAGGGUGGGAGAGAUGAAGUAAAUUGAUCUGUGUAUAUUAUGAAUUAUUUUAGGUGAGUUUAUUGACUAUUGCUACUACCACUUUCCCGAUGAAGAUGUUAAUUAAAGAUGAACAAGACCGCAGCGUUUCUCAUUUCCAAGAGGAAAGUCACAAUUAUCCAAUAGAGGAUGUAACCUACAUGAUUGGAGACUGUUAAAGUUUCCUCCUUAAUCCACUGCUCCCCCGUCCCUUAGACAAAACAUCAUUUACAUUUUUCACAGAAGCACUUGUUGAAUUGGCAGCAUCUUGUAACAUUCUAAAACUAAAACAACAAUAUGAAUAUACUGCAGCACUAGUUAUAUUUAAUUUGUCAUGAUUUUUACUCCUUAAAAUGCUGUACCAUUUGCCAAAUGUAUUAUGUUUUGUUUGCUGUAAAUCCAAUCAAGUUGCCAGUAUCAGUUGUAUCCCUCAAAACUGUUCAGAUAUGAUGAACAAAACCAACUCGUUGGGGAAUGGGGUGAUGGAGAUGACUGAAACAAAAUGUGUAUAUUUACAUGUCUUCUCUCAUAGUUGCAUUGAAAAGUUUGGUACACUAAUUUAGGCAAAACUAAUUUAUAUUUGCUGUACUAUACAGUUUCUUUUGGACAAUUGCCUAAUUAAUUACAAUUGUUUGAUACUGUGUUUAUGUGCAUUUUUUUACAUUUUGGUUAUCUUCAAAUGAAGGUAAACAACUUGCUGUACUUGUGCAGAUGACAUAAAGGAGUAGUAAGGAGCAAUAGUUUGUUGUAAUAAAGAAAUCUUUAGUGCUGCCAGCUAACUUAAGUCACAAGUUGGUCCUCCACACGGUGUCAGUACAGCUUCUCUUUGUUAAAGGUAUUGGAUAUUUUUUCCCUAUUUGGCCAAUAGAAAUGAGAAAUGGUAGUGAUAAAUAAGAGUGAAGUCUUUUUUUGGUUCUUUUUUUUUGGUCUAAUUUAUGGACCAGAGCUCUAGAUGAUGUUUGUCUGACUCUUCCUCCCUGCUUCCAUCUAGAAGUGUCUCCAUCAGAUGGGAGACUGGGAGAGACGGGGUCCAUACUGCUGUAAAAAAAUUAUUAUAAUAAUAUCGGCACGUGAUCUAUCUUUCUUUAGAGACAUCAUACUUGGUAGUUGCAGUUAUGUUCUGCUUCAAUUUCGAAAUGCUUGAGAAUGGGAAGAUUCUUUUCCAUUUUGGGUUGGUGCAUUAUGCAAAUAGGAAAAAAAGAGAAAAGGAAACUCAUCAGUGGUUGAAUUUAACUGGUCUGUGCUUGCAUUUUGGAAAUUUAAGAUUUUAGUUUGGUAUUGGUUUUUAAUCCAAUAUCUUGUCUUUUGCUUGAUAGUUAAGAUUCCAUAGCUAACAAUAUGUCGAUAGAUUGUCUUCAACGUAAUUCAGGUGAGUUUUCAUAACUUUUCAUUAUAAGGGCUACUAUUAGCAAAGUUGACAGAAUUAAAGGACUCUAUGGGUGAUAUAGAGCAAUAGGUGCAAUUAAAGUGGGUGUUAUGAAUCAGGGAGCCAGUGUUGGGGUGUGUUGAUGCCAAGGGGAAGGCUAUUGCCACAGGUUGAGUGCAAACUGUCCAGAGAUGCCAGCUGGUGAUCACUGGAGGAUGAAUUCUGCUGGCUAUUUGCCUGUAAACUUUGACCAGCCCGUUUGGGCCCGAGCAGAGCCUAGUAAAACCACAAGGGGAUCGCAUAGCUGCCUGCCUCAGCCAAUCUUUAUUGUGCUCUUCCGUUCCCACCUGCCAUUUUUGUCUUCAGCUUGGCUUUAGUCCAUUGUUGUGGAUGGUUUGUGUUUUAUGUGCCCUACUAGUCAUGUUUCUAUGCUUGACAUUUAUAUACUAAGAAAGACCAUGACUGGAAGACAUAUGAUUGCCACAGUGCUAUUUGCACUCCAGAGAGCGUAGGGUGAGAGUGGUUAGGUGAAACUUAACACUUUAUAGAGUUAUCAUGAUGACAGACGUGUUUUUCAUAUCUUGUAUUUUUGGUGCCAAAAAUAAUGGCCAAAUUGAGUGCAGGGUGCCCAAAUAUUUUUCACAUUCUACUGUACAUGGCAAGCACUUACCCUGCAAAGUGAAGUUUGUGCUCUGUUUAAGAUCUUGCUGUGUGUUUACAAUUACAUUGAAUUGCAACCUAAGAAUGUUUUGCCCAUAAUGUUGGCUUGGGUAUGCUCUUCAGUCCCCCUUAACUAAUGUCCACUGUAUACUAGCCUGGCUGAAAGGUCCAACUUUUACCUUUCCUCUACAUUGUCUCUACACCAGUUGUUAAAUGUUUUUUUCAAUUCAUGGAAAUAUCUAUAAAUGUUGCUUUCACUGAAGGUGGAAAAGUAUUACCUUUUUUUGGACUUAGUUUAAUUAAGUGUCACAGUGUUUUAAAAAUGUUGAAACAUGUUGGACAUUUUGUAAUGCCUUGUCAUUUGGCUAACCCACGGUGGAUGUGGCCUUGUCGUGAAGCCAGCUUGCGAGUUGUCAGGGAUGUUUGGUGUUGCACAACUUGUAUUUGAAGGCCUUCCUUUGUUAAUGGUCCCCCACCUAAUACUUUAUAUACCACAUUAUUUGUGAACUGUACAUAAGAAGCAGAAAUAUGAAUGCUUCCUGUGCAACUGCAGAUGAGGCUUUCAACUUGAAAUUUGAACAGACUUUUUGUCGUAAUUGCAUAUGUCUGAACGGAUGUUUUUGGUUAACUUGUUGAGCUUGUUGGCAAGUUUUCAUUUCUCUCUCAGGAGUACGAAGGUCUCUUGCCAGGGCAGGCUGGACUGAGAUGUUGCCAGUGGUACUUCAGAUCACCACCAACAAGGCAGCUUGUUUUAGAGUGGUUACUGCUUCUGUGCUGCUCUGCUACCUCAAGAAGCACACUCCAUCCCCUUUGACCUGUGGUUUACUUGCUUAGGUAGAGUAGGGUUUAGUUCUACACAUGACCCUCAUGCUGGGCUCUCUUCAUGCUUGUAACCCCCCAGUGGUUUUGCAUUAAUUUAGUUACAUUGUACGCCUUUUGCUCUCUUUGCUGUAGGUAUCUGCAUCCGCUUGUGAUCCAGUGGUUUUGAGGUGUAUGAUGUGCUGUGUGGUUGCUUCGCUCCAAAAAACACUGUACAAAUGUCUGGCGUAGGCCGGCCUCCCUCCCUGCUGUUGGCAGAUAUGAGAAUGCUACCAUGGGUUUUCUGGGCAUACAGUCAGUGUCAGUUUAAACCAAGUACAUUGGUUUUCUCCACAUGUGGACUAUGGACAGUGUGUAUGUAGCUAUGUGCACCCUCUACAGCACACUAAUUGAGCAUCACAAUAACUAGUAGGAGAACACGGAAGAAGUACUGUCAUCACUAAAACCAGCACAGUGGGUAUUGAGGAAGGAAUACACUACUAGAGGCAAGGCCAUGCCAUAGACUGACUAGCACUACAGUAUAUACAAACAGUUGCCACCAUUUUUCCAUACAGUUCAUUUUAAAAUAAGCCUGUUAAACUUUAUUUAUUGUAAUGCUUUGCCAAGUGAAGGUACCGAAGGGGUAAUAUACUGUAGCAGUUGAAUUCAUCGGGGAAUUAAUGAAUAUGGUGUUUUUUAGAAUAUCAGCUGUUGUCUCCUCUUACUUGAUCUUCAAUCCUUUCUUUCUCCCGGGUCAAUGCACUGAACCUGCGCUGCAGCAAUGGGACUUCCUGCAUUCAUGCAACUUACAUGUUCAUUCAAGCACGUUUUGUUGGUACUAUGAGAUGUGUAUACACUUGAUGGUUAAUGCUUUUUCUUGAGAUCCAUACUGAUGUGAUGGAUGCAUAGAAAUGCUAAAAGCUAUCAUUGCAUCUUUUUGUUUCUUUUGUAAGGCUGAUGCAUUACCUGAACUCUUGUAUUUAGGAGCACUUAAUAUGAUAGAUUUUUAAAUAAGAGGUUAAAUAAACUUUGUGUAGUGGUGUAUAAAUUGAAAGUAACGUAUUUUUUUCUUAAGUAUACCAAAUGUAAAUGAUGUACAAUAAUGAAUGUGCCAAUCCCCUUUCUUUGUAGAGCCAGACUCUUAACAAGUGCCAAUGUUGUGAAAAAUCAUAAGGACCUAUAUAUUUCAUGGUCCACUUUUUAAAACAAAUAAACACUAAGUAUGUGAUUAAGAUGAAUAAAUAAAUGAAAAUGAAAAAGGUGAAUUUUAUUCUGUAUUUAAUGAUAAACUGCUGUUUUUAAAGAAAUCACAUUUUAAUUGCAUGUGUUGGUUUGGGUGGGGAAAGGGGGAGGGGGAGAAACUAUUAAUGCAAAGCCCUCCAGAAAAGGGACCUAAUGGGUAUUGAUUUACAGUAUUUUAGCCAUAUUUCUCUUUUGUAUGUUUCAUUUCAACCACUGUUGCCUGAACCUCAUUCUAACAUGAAAAUGAUUUUCAUAGCCUUCUCCUUUAAAGAAAAAGUAUCUGUUUUAAAUUGGAAUAAAAUGUGUUCCUAUA